CAAGACUUAAAAACGUAAAAACUAAAAUGCUCAACGCAAAAGUUGGUAAAGUUGGCAAGGUGUUGGUAUGUGGCAUGAAAGGCGUUGGUAAGACAACAGUAAUUGAGCAGUUGGUUUAUGGAAACCUAAAUCCAGACACAGAACUCCAUCCUACCAUUGAGGACAUCUAUGUUGCCAGCUGCGACACGGGCCGUGGAGGGGCUCGUGAAACAUUACGCAUCUACGACACAGCUGGACUGCAGGGCGAGCAGGCGGCUCAAUUGCCGCGGCACUACUUACAAUUCCCUGAUGCUUUUGUAUUGGUCUAUGACCCCAUUGAUCCACGAAGCUUAGAUAUGCUGGCAGACAUUAAGUCAGACAUUGACAAGCAUAAGGAAAAGAAGGAAAUCCCUGUCAUUGUACUGGCCAAUGUGCGAGCCCGGGCUAAGAGGGACACACCACCAACAACGCCUAACCCCGUCGAAAAGAUUAUGGACCGGGCAAACAUCUGGUGCCAGCGGGAGCGUAUAAAGCACUACACAGUCAAUGCCAUGGAACGCCCUUCAUUGUACGAGCCGUUCACGUCUCUGUGCGCUCGUGUUCAUCCAGCACAGACAAAAAGCACGUUCCCGCAACUGCGCCAGGUCAUGCAGAAUCGGCAAAAGAGCGAGGCGUAGAUUCCUACAAAUAUAUUUAGUCUCAAAUUGCGAACUACUAACUAAUGGGUAUGGGGGUAUUAUUUAUGUCUUAAUUUGUCUACUGUUUACAUGCCUUUCAAUGCGCUGCUUUAAUUGUACUUAUAUUGAUGUCUGUGAGUGUCCAAUUAAAUAUUUAGUAUUUAUUACAAAAA